AUGGAGAGGGUCGUGUCCGAGACGCCUUUUCUCACAGCCUUUGGCGCGAGCGUGCCGAACCACUCGCGCAUCCAGGCGAUUGAGCUCUCGGAGCGCCUCCUCGCCGACGCGGCUACGCGCGGGGCCGUCGUCCACGCCGACCUGCUCGGUGGCCUGCUCGAGUCCACCUUGGACCCCGACGAUCGCGUGCGGCUCGCGGCUGCCAAGGCCGUUCUGGCGCUCGCCUCUUCCGGCGGCGCCGCCUAUCGCCGCGCCUCGCUCGCGCCCAUCUGGACGCACGUGUGGACCAGGGCGCUUCUGCAGGACCUUUCCGCCGACGUGAGGCACGUCUAUGCAAAGGUGCUGUCGCUUCUCGGCCCUCGCGACGUCAGGCGCCUCCGCGCGCCGGAGCGAGGUGGCCAGGCGUCUGGUCUGCUCUCGUCAGACUGGAAGUCGGCGCUCAACCUUGCCCUCUUGAAUCGGUCGACCCUCUUCCACAAGAGUGACUUCUUCUCCAUUUUGGAGUACGUCAGCGGGUCCACAUACAUCUCCUCAUCCGACCCCCAGGGCCCCGGCGCUUACGAGCCCAACAUCCUCCUGCGCACUUGCUACGCGUCUCGCGUCGUCGAUUCGCUGCGCGAGAACUGGCUCUCCCAGCUCGCCUUCCCCACGCGCUGCGUCCACGACCUCGACGCCGAGCUCGGCUCUCAUGACGCGGCGCUCGCCUCUCGCUUUGCCGACGAUUUCUCGAGGCUCCUCAACGUCACCUCUUCCGCCGCCGAGACCUGGGCGCUCGUCGCCUCCGCCGCCCAUUGCGUGCACUCCAAGCUCAAGACGGGCUUCCCCACCGCCAAAGAGACCUUCCAGUGCGUCGAGAGGAUGCUCCGGUCCAUCUGGCAACCGCACCUCCUGCGCAAGGACCCGCCCGAAAGGGCCCUGCUCGACGCUCGAUGGAUCCUCGCUUUCUUCGACUACCUCGAGCGCAUGACCUACCACGCCAGCGAGGGCACCAUCGCCUGGCCCCCGGUACACAACUCCAAGGACCUCGUCGCCAACAAGAGAGCCCACGUCGACCUCUUCUCCAAGCUGCGCGUCAGCGCGUUGCGCGCCGCUUCUGCCUGCAACGCCUGUCACGACGUGCUCCGGCACGGCUACGAGCGACUCGCCCACGCCUCCUGGUACUGGUCUCACUACGCCAUCCCGGACGGCGCCGUCAGCGAGUUCUCGGCCGACCUCCAAGCCACGCUCGUCUCCGUCUGCGCCUCGCUCCUGCACCUCGGCGACUCCGACUUCCUGCAGGGCCUCGUCGACUGGCUCCGCGCCGCGCUCCAGCUCUCCAAGACGAGCCCCUCGCUGCUCCUCUUCGACACCAGCUGGAUCGACGCCGUCCACCACCAGGCGUCCGGACGCCUGGAGCGCGCCCUUUCCGAAUACGCCGCCUCGCUGCUCUCGCUCCCCGCGGACCCGGACGGCUCCCACGGCUCCCACGGCUCCCACGGCUCCCACGGCUCCCACGGCUCCCACGGCUCUCUCCGCGGCUUCCUCGCCGAGCAGUACGUCCUCUGCGCGCUGACCCUCGGCAAGUGGGACCAAGAGCCCCCGCCGGACCGCCUCCCGCCCAGCGCCCAGUGCCGCCUCGCCCUGCACAGGGCCCUGCACGCCGGCGACCACGACCGCUUCCACGCGGAACUCUCGAGGCUCAGGGCGUCCUGCGCGGACGCGCUCAGCUGCGACGCCAAGUCGUACCUCCUGCAAAGCGACCUCGCCUUCCAAGAGGCGAUCGCCAGCGCCGGCGCGCCCGCCAAGGCGCUCUCGCUCCUCGGCCAGUCCUUCCAGUCCCUGGAGGCUCUCAUGGCCUCCGCCGCGUCCUGCAACUCGCUCUCGGAGUUCUCGGAACUCAGCAGGAGGGCGCGCCUGAUCCGCUGCGCCGAGGACUGCCUCCAGCACCGCGGCUCUCCCCUCGUCGGCGAGGCGCUGGCCGACGGGCGCUUCGACGAGUGCGCCAACGUCCUGCACUUGCUCAAACUCCUGCAGAUAGAACCGGACGUCGAGACCAAGCUCGCUCUGGUUCGCAUCUCGCGCGAGCACGGGAACCUGGACUUCGCGUCCGAGCUGCUGUCGCAGCUGGGGUCCGACCAGUGCGCGCUCGUCGCGCUCGAGCGGGUCAAGCUGCUGCGGUGCGGCGGGCGACACGAGGAGGCGCUUUGCCUGCUGCGCUCGAGCCGCCAGUGCGCGCUGUCGCAGUUGUCGUCGCCGCGGUCGCGCCGACUGAGCGCCUCCCACCUGGCGCUGUUGUCCGAGGCGGUCGACUGCGGCGCGGGGGGCGCGCGGCGCGACGGCCGGACCCUGGCUAGCGCGUGCGAGCUGGCGCCGGACAAUCCGGACGCGUGGCUGCUGUACGGAGACUGGAACUACGAGCGCGGACAGGCGCUCCGCUCGUCGCUGCUGCGCGAGCCGGAGCAGGUGCGGGCGCUGGUGCCCGCGGAGGUCUGGGAGGGCGUCGGCUCGCAUCUGGGCGAGUCGGCCCGCGAGGAGUUGCUGAAGGGCGCGGUGGGCGAGUGCCUGGUGGGCAUGGUGGAGCGAGACACGCUCUCGGAGGCGCAGGCGGCGGCGUUCUGGAGGAGAGAGCCGUCGUCGAUGGGCGCGGCCUCGGAGGCGCUGGAACCGCUGUCUGGCCUGGUGCGGAGCGCGGAGGAGCACGUUUUGAGGCCGUUUUCCGCGGCGGCAUCGGCCUACUGCAGGUAUUUGGCCUGUUGCGGCGCGUCCCUGUCGUGCGAGGCGUUCGCGGCGGUGGGCCUGAAGCUGCUGCACCUGUUGGUGAACUACGGCGAGAGACUGCGGGGCCUGUCGGAGGCGCUGGAGGCGGCGCGCUCGGCGCCCUGGGAGGCGGUGGUGGUGCAGAUUCUGACGUACCUGGGCCACCCGGACUCGUACGUGCGCUCGCGGAUAUUCGAGCUGCUGUCGAGCGUGGCGGAGGGAAACCCGGAGCGCGUGGCGUACCCGACGCUGGCGCGCAUCCGCGACGCGGACGCGGAGUCGGCGGGCGCGGAGGAGGGCGGCGGGCGGCGGGCGAGCGCGACGGCGCCCCGCGAAUUGGAGAAGCUGAGGCGCCUGCUGCUGGAGCGGCGGCCGCAGCUGGUGGGCCAGAUGGAGCAGUUCCUGCGCGAGUUGUCGAGGAUCACUGUGCUGUGGGACGAGCGCGCCCUGGUGAGUCUGAAGGGCGUGUUUUCGGAGUUCAAGCUGGCGUGUCGCGUGGUGGAGGAGGAGUCGAGGCGCGCGUGCGAGGCGGAGGGCGGCGAGGCGGCGCUGCGGUCGAAGUACGAGGCGGUGAUGCGCGUGACGGUGAAGCGCGUGGAGCAGUUGGUGAAGGAGGCGUCGGUGUUCGCGGAGACGAAGUCGGAGAAGGCGUUUCAGGUGUUGUACCUGCCGCAGUUGGAGGAGAUUUUGAAAUUGCUGAGGGGCCCGAAAUUCUCUAGCGGGGGCGAGGUGAAGUCGCUGGAGUCGGCGCUGUCGAAGUUCAUCGAGUUGGCGUCGCAGCUGCACCGGUCGGUGAAGUGCGCGACGCUGAGGUUGUCGAACGUGAGUCCGGAGUUGUUCAAGAUGGGCGACACGAGCAUCCCGAUGCCCGGGCUGGGUCGGAGCGGCGUGACGCUGAGGGGGUUCAAGGACGAGGUGCAGGUGCUGCAGACGAAGACGAGGCCGAAGAAGCUGGUGAUGCGGGGGAGCGAUGGGGCGAGUUACGCGUACUUGUUGAAGGGACACGAGAAUUUGCAGCUGGACGAGCGGAUCAUGCAGUUUUUGUCCGUGGUGAACGGGAUGCUGCGGCGAGACAAGGAGACGCGCGAGAGGGAGCUGCGAUGCCGGAACUACGCGGUGAUUUUGACGGGCGGAGAGAGCGGGCUGAUCCAGUGGGUGGGUCGCACGGUGUCGCUGAACCAGGUGUUCACGGAGUUUUUGAGGAAACGCGCGAGUCGCCCGGAGCCGUCGGCGACGGACGAGCCGGGGAGGCGCGCGCCGGCGGAGAGGGCGCUGCGGCCGCUGGAGAUGUUUUACAGCAAGUUGCUGCAGAAGUUGGCGAGGCUGAACAUCAACACGGCGUCUCGCUCGGAGUGGCCGACGGAGGUGCUGAGGGAGGUGUACCAGGAGCUGUUGAGGGAGAGUCCGAACGACGUGCUGGAGAAGGAGAUUUGGUGCUCGAGCGCGUCGACGAGCGAGUGGAUGGGCAAGGUGGCGAGCUACUCGCGGUCGAUGGCGGCGAUGUCGAUGGUGGGGUACGUGUUGGGUCUGGGCGACCGGCACCUGGACAACAUUUUGAUCGACUACAAGAGCGGGGAGGUGUUGCACAUAGACUACAACGUGUGCUUCGAGAUGGGUCGUCGGCUGCCCGUGCCGGAGAUCGUGCCGUUCCGGCUGACGAGGAACCUGCGGCGGGCGUUAGGGAUGUUCGGCGCGCUGGGCGCGUACCGGGUGGGGAGCGAGCAGGUGCUGCGGGUGCUGCGGGAGAGGAGGGAGGUGCUGGUGAUGCUGUUGGAGCCUUUCAUGCACGACUCGCUGGCGAGCUGGACGCCGGACAAGGCGCUGCUGGAGGAACGCGCGAUGGAGCUGAACAUCGCGCUGAACGUGCUGACGGACCGGCUGUCGGUGCUGAUCGGGGACUUCGCGAGCCGCGGGGCGCAGUUCGGGGAGUCAGUGAGCGCGACGUACCACUGGGGGAACGUGAUCGCGAACCUGAAGGCAACGUACGGCAGCAACAUGCGCGUGACGCGGCAGCGCCAGCGUCGCAAGUUGGAGCUGGAGUCUCAGAUCGCGGCGCUGUCGGCGAGGCGCCAGGAGCUGGCGGCGGCGGCGGCGGCGGCGGAGGGCGCGCUGGGCGACGAGGCAGCGAACCGCGAGCGCAGGGAAGCGACGGAGAGGCUGCGCGGCGCGGUGGAGAGCCGCUGUCGCGCGAAAUUCGAGGGAUUGGCGGCGACGUUUGGGUCGCUGCGCGAUCAAUUUGGGGGCGAAGCGACGCCGGGUGCGCCGAAGGGGCGCGUGAAGCGGCCGCUGGCGGCGUGGUCGAGGGCGAAGGCGCACGAGUGGCCGUACAUCAGCCAGAAGAUGGCGAGAUCGUUCGCGGAGAAGGACGGGGAGCUGGAGAGGUCGUUGGCGAGGAGCGAGUCGGCGGUGUCGCGGCUGACGCGGCUGUUGACGACUUACUGCAACGUGCUGAGGCACCUGCCCGAGGACUACUUGGACGGGUCCGCGCUGCGCCGGUGGGCGGUCGAGUACGACCGGCUGAUGGCGUCUCGCGCGCCGGACGGCGAGUCUCUGGCGGCGUUCGAGGCCUUUUGCCACGAGUCGGCGAGGCCGGAGCGCCUGUGCGAAGCGACGAGGCGGCAGUCCGAGCUGCAGUCCGAGCUCCGAGAGAUCGCGAGCCGCAAGGCGGCGGUCGCGGAGUCGCUGAGGGCGCCGCUGCAGAGGGCGGAGAAGCUGUCCAGGGACGCGGAUUCGGCCGCCCUGAGGAAGAAGCUGGACUACUCCCCUCCGGGCCUGGUCAACCCGAGCAGGCUGUACGUGAGGCAGGUGGUACUGCUGCUGCUGAGCCGCAUGGUGCGCGAGUGCGAGGAGCUGGCCGCGUCGCGGGACGCGAGUCUCAAGAAUCUCCAGGAAUCCUACGAGCAUUUUCUGGAAAAACUGGACUGCCUUCUGUCUCUGGACUCUCUCCAGGGCUCCAGGCCGUUCCGGCAGCUCCUGUACCUCGUUGAAGACGCCGAGCUCUCGCUGACCGGCCUCCUGUUACCGGAGCUCUCGCGCCUCGGCAGGCGCGCCGACGAGCUCGCGCGGCUGGUCGACGAGCUGGAAUCUCUGCUGCGCUCGGAAGACGGCUCCGAGGAGGGCUACAAGGCCCUGCUGCGCGCGGAGCCCUACGCUCCCUGUCUGAGCGUGGCCGAGAAGACUAUCGGCGACCUCUCCGACGGCUGCUCUCGCGUCGCGGCGAGCGUCAAAACGUCACUCUGCGACGCGAAAAAAUGGUUCUUCACUUCGAAACUUGAAACUCUUCGCGACCUAGCCCUCUCCCUCCUCCGAGGCGACCCCCUCGAACCGCAUGUGACCACCUAUCUGAAGACCGUGCUCGGCUCCCUCUUCACCUCUCUCUUUUCCAAAUUCGUGUCCGACUUCGUCCUGGAGCACACCGACCACCCCCUCGACCAAAUCCACGUCUGGUACUCCUCCCUCGUCCCCCCCGACUCCUCCCAACUCUCAAACCUCCUAAACACGGAGCGGCUCAUCUCCAGCCACCUGGACUCGAUGAGCGAGCGCCGCAAACUCGAAAAAGAACUCAUCGAACCCCUGGAACUCUCUCUCAACUCCAUCGUCGAGCAGGAGCAAGACGCGAGGAACCAACUCGUCUCCCUCGAGUGGAGCAACGACCACCUCUUCCAAACCACCAGCAUCCGCAAAACCCUCCUGGACGACCUAAACCACGCCGUCCAAGAACUCUCCCCCCUCCUCUCCAACCUCAAACUCCUCGACUCCGACUGCACCCAACUGGAGCAGCAACUGCUCCAACAAAUGCAGCAGUCCUUCGAGUACGUCGAGGAGAGCAAAGACCCCAGCCUACACAUCUCCCCCGAGCGAAAAGAAAUCUCCGUCAAGCGCCUCGAAAACGACUCCCUCUCUCGCUGCGAUGGCAUUCACUCUCUUCUCACUCACGCGGACAACGUCAUCCGCUUCGUCACCUGCGUCCUCGAAUUCGAAGCCAGCCGCGUCGCCCCCCCCCUCUCUCUCAUCCCCGACCCCUCCCUCGUCCAAAACUUCGUCCACUGCUGGAAAAAACACCUCUCUCUCCAAGAGAAACUCUCUCGCUCCAAAACGGAACUGGAACUCGUCAAGCAAAAACUAACCUCCCUCACCUCCCAACUCCGACAACUCGUCACCGACCUCGAAGUCGACUCCAGACUCCUCAAAAACCUAAAGUCCGAAUACGCCCAAGCCAGAGAACGCGCCAGACAACCCGCCAAGGAAUUCCACGAAUUCCUCACCUCUCACUCGCUCCUCUCCAGCGAAAUCGACUCCCUCCUCUCCCACACCAUCAAGGCCUCCAGCAAGUGGGACAACCAAUCCGUCCAACUCAUUCACGUCGUCGCCUCCAAGUGCUGCGAGUUCCUGCAAAACUUCAGGCGCCAACUCAACUCAGUCCAGUCUCUCGUCUGCUUCUUGUCCAACACCGACUUCCCGGACCCCGACUCGGUCCCCCUCGACGUCGUCACCUUCGACUUCAGUCGCAAGGCCGCCGAAAAGCUCGUCGAGCAGCAGGAAUCCGUCGAGGACUUCCUGCAGGACCUCGACAGGCUGACUCACGAAUGGCUCGAAAAGGAAGAAGCCCAAGCCAGAACCGCCUGGCGCGCCAACCACUCGAGCCUGCCGAGGAAAAACCAAGCCUCGCGCAACCUGAUCGAGCGGGUCGGCCAAAAACUCGACGGAUCCGACCCACGCCUCUCUCGCGACCGACCGGACCAAGUCCCCUGCAUCUUGUCCGUCGAAGAACAGGUACAGCUGCUCAUCAACGAGGCGACCAACAACGAAAACCUCUUCAGAAUGUACGAAGGCUGGACUCCCUGGCUCUAGUAUUAAUGACGAUGGGAGAAAAAAUUUGACUUUCGUUUACCCU